UCUCUUACUGGAAACCAUAAACUCACACUCUUUUCUCUUACAAAAGCCAAAACAUUUAGAAACUCAGAUAUGUUCAGCAAAGCUGUAAAUAGAAUUCAAAUAAGUUCUGUCCAGUUGCCAACAUUUCUCACAGUUUAAGACCACCAACUGAAUUAACUACCACCAACUGAAUUAACUACCAAAUGUCCACCUACACUCUCCACCCUAUCUCCCUCCCUUUACCCCCAUCAUCUUCUACCCAACACCUCACACAUAAAACCCUGCACAUCUCCCAUUCACGCUCCCAAGCAUUAUGGGUCGAGUCCCUUCGCUUAAAAACCCGUUCCAAUUCAUUCCAUGAAGCCAUUUCCACGUACAUUGAUAUGCUUACUUCAGAUGUUUCACCUGACAAUUUCGUAUUCCCGGUGGUUUUUAAGGCUGUCACCGCCCUUCACGACUUAAAUUUAGGCAAACAGGUGCAUGCCCAUGUUGUCAAAUAUGGGUAUAAUUCAUCUUCUGUCGCCAUAGCUAAUUCCGUUAUUAAUUUUUAUGGUAAGUGUGGAGAGUUAAGUGAUGUACUUAAGGUGUUCGAUAGAAUUCCUGACAGAGACUUGGUUUCUUGGAAUUCGUUAAUUUCUGCGUUUUGUUGUUUUCAAGAGUGGGAGCUUGCGCUUGAGGCGUUUAAAUUCAUGUUGGAUGAGGAUUGGGAGCCGACUUCGUUUACUUUGGUGAGUAUAAUACUCGCUUGCUCGAAUUUGAGCAAGCGUGACGGGUUGCGGCUUGGGAAAGAAGUUCAUGCAUAUAGUUUUAGGAAGAGUCAUCGGAGUACGUUUACGUACAAUUCUUUGAUGUCUAUGUAUGCUAACUUAGGUAGGCUAGGUGAUGCAAAAUAUGUAUUUAAGUUGUUUGAAGAUCGUAAUUUGGUUUCUUGGAAUACCAUCAUAAGUUCGUUUUCUCAAAAUGAAUGUUUUAUGGACGCGUUAACGUACUUAAGGCGUAUGAUUGUUGAAGGGAUUAAUCCCGAUGGAGUCACGCUUGCGAGUGUGCUUCCUGCUUGCUCUCACUUGGAGAAGUUAGGGACUGGGAAAGAAAUUCAUGCUUAUGCCUUGAAAAGUGGUGAUUUGACUGAGAAUUCUUUUGUGGGUAGUGCUUUAGUUGACAUGUAUAGUAAUUGUAGACGGGUUGAAAUUGGUCGUCGGGUUUUUGAUGGUAUCUCGAAGAGGAAAACUGGGCUUUGGAAUGCUAUGAUUGCUGGGUAUGCACAAAAUGAAUAUGAUGAAGAGGCAUUGAUGCUUUUCUUUGAAAUGGAAGCUGUUUCUGGAGUAUUUCCCAACACAAUCACAAUGGCAAGUAUUGUGCCUGCUUGCGCACGUUAUGAAGCAUUUUCUGGUAAAGAAAGCAUUCACGGUUAUAUGAUAAAGAGGGGCUUGGUAACAGAUACAUACGUGCAAAAUGCACUUAUAGAUUUGUACUCCAGGAUGGGGAAGAUGGAAAUUUCAAAUACCAUAUUUAGUAGCAUGGAGCGUAAAGAUACAGUCUCUUGGAAUACAAUGAUCACCGGUUAUGUUAUUUCCGGAUGCUACAAUGAUGCACUUUUGAAGCUACAUGAGAUGCAAGUUGCAGACAGAGGUUGCACUUUUAAACCCAAUUCAAUAACCCUCAUGACUGUCCUCCCGGGUUGUGCUUCUUUAGCAGCAUUGGCAAAGGGGAAAGAAAUCCAUGCUUACGCCAUUAGAAAUUUGUUAGCUUCAGAAGUCACGGUAGGAAGUGCAUUAGUUGACAUGUAUGCAAAAUGCGGCCACUUAAACUUAUCAAGGAGAGUAUUUGAUCAAAUGCCUAUUAGAAAUGUGAUCACUUGGAAUGUCAUUAUCAUGGCUUAUGGUAUGCACGGAAAUGGAGAGAAGGCCUUAGAGCUAUUCAACGACAUGGUAGCAGAGGGAGAAAAAGGCAGCGAAGUAAAGCCUACUCAAGUUACCUUCGUAGCGAUCUUAGCUGCUUGUAGUCACUCAGGGAUGGUUGAUGAGGGCCUACGCUUGUUUCAUAAAAUGAAAGAUGAGCAUGGGAUUGAACCUGGUCCAGAUCACUAUGCUUGUGUGGUGGACUUACUAGGUAGAGCAGGUCGAGUCGAGGAAGCAUAUGACUUCAUCAAUACUAUGCCUUCUGGUUUUGACAAGGUAGGAGCAUGGAGUAGUUUGCUAGGAGCUUGCCGUAACCACAAAAAUGUAAAAAUAGGGGAAAUUACUGCUCAAAAUCUUUUACAGAUACAACCGAAUGUGGCUAGCCAUUAUGUUCUACUGUCUAAUAUAUAUUCAUCUGCUGGACUAUGGGACAAGGCAGUGGAUAUUAGAAGGAAGAUGAAAGAAUUGGGAGUAAAGAAAGAACCUGGGUGUAGUUGGAUUGAACAUAGUGAUGAGAUACACAAGUUCUUAGCUGGGGAUUUAGUACAUCCGCAAAGUGAGAAAAUCCAUGAUUUUCUCGAGAAACUAUCGGAAAAAAUGAAAAGGCAGGGAUAUGUACCUGAUACUUCAUGUGUACUACACAAUCUUGAUGAGAAGGAGAAGGAAACUUUACUUUGUGGACACAGUGAGAAAUUGGCAAUAGCGUUUGGUAUCUUGAAUACUACUCCUGGAACUACCAUUCGAGUUACGAAGAACCUUCGAGUUUGUAAUGACUGCCACACUGCGACAAAGUUUAUUUCAAAGCUUACGGAUAGGGAAAUCAUCCUAAGAGAUGUGAGGAGGUUUCAUCACUUCAGGAACGGAACCUGUUCUUGUGGGGAUUAUUGGUGAUCAUAAUCAGAUAUCCAUUUCGCAUUUGUUUUUUACAACGGAAAGGAAAUCGAACCCGGUACACUCCAAUCAUAUGCAAUGACUCUACCAAUUAAACUAUGUCGGAGACUCAACUUACCCAUCACAAAAUUUCGCUAGGGAUCCCUGUCUUCAGCUUCGGCAAUGAUAGGCUGUUGUUCACCGCGGUUUCUGUCCCCGCUCGCCUAUCAUCAUGUCACAAACUUUCUUGACCUUCAAGCACUGAACAGGUCGUCAAGCAGUGGUAAUUAGUAUCUGCUCUGUGCAUAGAAUUUGAUGCAUUUCCAUAUGAAUAGAAUUCUUUUCUUUUUUGGAUAUAAUAUAUGAAUAGAAUUUGUACAGUGGAAAAGCUGUAAUGUUACUCAUAUAAGUAAUGACCAAAGGCAAAUUUUAUUUCA